AUGCCGGUCAAGUCCCUGGUUGACCUUGCGACGGCGGCCUGCCUGAAGAACCUCAAGGAACUAGGCAGUAUAGGAGACUACCUACCUUACGACGCAGUCCGCCACAUCCUCCUCAAGAUUGACAGCGCACAUCAGCUCCGACAGAUUGAGCUCAACUCGCCGCAGAUUCAGGGACUCACAGGCGAGAUAUGGCUGAAGCUCAUUGAGAAGGACUUUCCCCUCGAAUACAAGGCCAAGGCGUACAAGCCCCAGAACCCCGACAAAUGGUAUCGGGUGUGGGCAAAGUACAAGGCGGAACACGAUACGGCUCUCCAGGAGAGCGAGGAUAAGCUCAAGAAUGCCCUGGCUGGCCUCAAGCAGGACAAGGAGAAGAACACUAGCCGAAUCAUCGAGAACAAACUUCUUCCCAAGUCCGUCAAGCUGGGAGGCGGAAAGAAGCUUUUUAGCGGACCGCGCGAGGCUUACUCCAACCACCUGUCCUUUAACUCGGGCAGCCGGACCAAGACUGUGAAUGGCGCAAGUGUCAUGCGCAAAGUUCGUCGCGAGGUCAAGGAAAUUGCCACCAUUCAUGGCGCACUCUCCCGCCCCAUGAAUACACCCACCCGUGUUUCGCAGAUGAAGAAGGCCCCGGAAUCCAUGGUCAACGAUUACCGCCGAUCAUCUCAACCACAGUAUCGUCCAACUGCUGUGUCUCCUGAGCCGCCAUCUGCCAUGGCCGAGCAUGAGGAGCGUGCCACCUUCAUAUCGGACGAGGAAGAGGAUGAUGACGUCUUUGAUGAUGAUGAGAUGUCCAAGCUGCCAACCAGACCGGCAAAGCCAGUCAAGAAGCCAGUUGCGCAGUCUGCGGCUACGUCGCUGCUGAAGAGAAAGCCGCAGGCGCCUUCGUCAUCUUCGACCACCGUGAAGCGCGUGUCUGCUCCCGCGGCAGCAUCCAGCCCAGUCAAGCGCUCCUCAAGCCUAGCAAACAAGUUUAAGCGCCCGGUGGUCAAGUCUCCGCCACAAUCACCACCAUCACCACCGAGAUCUCAAGCAAAGUCGUCCGCAAUUCACCAAAGCAACUCUGCUCAACGCGCAGAAGUACCGUCACCACCACUACCUGCCACAGCAGGAUCAUCGUCACCACCAUCUGCGGAGUCUCUGCCUGCUCCUCCACAGAUCGUAUCACGAAAGCGCAAGGCUGUGGAUAUUUUCAUGAGGCCUAAAAAGCGAUAA